AUGAGGGUAAUGGGGGAUAGGCCAUACCCGGUGUCAGAAACUUUCGUCACCAGCGCAGGCCGCCGAACUCAUCCUCCCAAACGCAAGGCAAGCGAUGACCAGCCACCGACACGACACGAGCUCGCCUCAAGAAGAAUGGAAAAGCUAAUAGCUCAUGCGCGCGAAAGUUGUAUGUUCCGAAAAAAGGCCAUAGAUGCAGCGGCCCUCCAGAUAGCAUUGAAAGAGCGCACUGCCGAACAGGUAGGUUGGGAAUGGAAGAAGCUCGCCUAUGCAACGGACCCCAGCAGUACUGCAAACUCAGCGGAUAUUUCUGCUAGCAUUGGAGGAGAUCAACGUACUCCAGAGUCAGAAUCUUUGGCAAGCUACAAGUUUGCAGUGCCUGAUGACCGAAGCUCCAACCUCCUAACUUCAGCAGACAAGGCCGAGCAGUACUUUCAGCAGGUGGAUUUACAGCCUGACGCCAGUUAG